UGGCAGUUGUUAUUAGGUCGCCAUGUGUGUCGUGUACUCUCGUGUCAAUUAAGUUGUGUAUAUAAUAAAAUACUAAUCAAUUACUUAUUUAUUUAACUAUUUAAUAAACAAUAUAAUUUAAAACGUACUAAUUAUUAAUAAACAAUCAAAAAUGCCUUUGACAAUAAAGCCAAUGCGUUAUGCUCAUCCCGAAGGUCACACCGACGUUUGUUAUUUCGAUGGUGAAAAAAGUGGGUUGAUAACAUGCGGAGGAGACGGGGACGUGAGAUUUUGGAUCGAUCUGAUGGAUGACGAUCCAUCGGCGGUCUGCGUAGCCGAGCAGGCGACAGCAUGUGUGUCAAAAAAUAGCAAAAUAUAUGUGGGAAAUGACAACAACACCGUCCAGGUGCUGACGCAUCCGAACCUGGACCGCGAAGGAAUCGUGACUCGUUUCUCAGCAACAGUAUCAGCCCUGGCGACUGCGCGCAAAAGUAAUUUGAUCGUUUCCGGUGCCUGUGACAUGCGGAUCCAAGUGACAAACAUCGAGAGCACUGACAGCAUCGAGCUGAAUGGUCACGAAGCUCCGAUCCUAGGUCUGACAUUGGAUCCACGUGAAGAAUUCGUCGCCUCUUCGAGUGCUGACGGAUCUGUAAAAGUCUGGAGUAUCAAAGAAAAAAAGUCCGUCCACAGCUGGAGUAACGUCGUCCCUAAAUGUAAUUCAUUUUUCACUGCAAAGGCUCACUGCGCGCCAUCAUUCAACGCCAAAGACGGCAGCUACCUCGCGUAUCCUCAUCAGAAAGACCUCGUCCUGGUUGAAAGAAACUCUUGGAAAGAAAUCACCCGAUUAAAAUGCCCAGCACUCAAAGGUGAAUUAAAUAUCUGCAAAUCAUCGGAAUGCGGUAGCAGGAUAGCAGCAUGCUCGAUCGUUGGUGAAAUUGUCGUGUGGAAUGUAGAAAAUUCGUCGGUUGUUGGUUACGUGGAGCAUCACCAGUCUGCUAAAAUAACUGCGAUAUCUUGGCACUUGAAGAAAACUAGUGAGCUGGCGUUUUGCGACAGUCUAGGACAGCUCGGCUGCGUUGAAGUAUCAGGAGACGACGACGAUUCCGUUUCGGUGGCUGCUAAGGACAAUCAUGAUCCAGACGAUGACAUUUACAAUGAUCUGGGUCUUGAUAAUAAUGAUGAUGAUGAUGAUGAGAACGUGAUAUCGUUAAAUAGAAUAAAAGCUACGGCGGAUGAUGACCAGAAAAGUGUGUCAAGUGUGUCGUCAGCGAAACCAUCAAAGGCAGUUGCAGAAGUAAAUAUGCAAGAUCCAUUCCAACCUGGAUCAACACCCGUCCACCUUCUGUCCCGUUUCAUGGUCUGGAAUGACGUCGGUAUCGUCAGAUGUUACACCAGCGAAGACAAUGAAGAAUCCAGCAUCGAAGUUGAGUUUCAUGAUACCUCUGUUCAUCACAGCAUGCAUAUGAGUAAUUACUUCCGGCACACAAUUGCUGCGUUGUCAUGCGAAGCUCUGGCAAUGAGUUGUCCUGCUGCUGAUGGGAGUCCGAGCAAACUGGUGGUGAUCGCGCUCCAAGGCUGGGGGUCUGGUAACAAAGAAUGGACCGCUGAUUUACCAGAAGAUGAAGAGUCUCUUUGUGUCGCUGCUGGGAGCACUUUCGUCGCGCUGGCCACGACGCGCGGAAAUCUACGUCUGUUUAUGGUAAGUGGAAUUCAAAGAGAAGUUCUAGCAUUGCCUGGACCCGUUGUCGCGAUGAAUGCCGUUGGUAAUCAUUUAGUCAUUGCGUACCACAAAUCUGCUGGGUUUAAAGAUCAGUACAUGUCACUACUGUGGAUUCAAAUAUGCGGAGCGGAUUUAAAAAGCCGGACACUAAAUCUCCCGUUGGCGCCUGGGUCAGAACUCAUGUGGCUCGGGCUGUCUGAUGCUGCGUCUCCAGUUGUCAUGGACGCUGAUGGUGUCAUUAAAAUAUUUAACCGUAGGUCUAAUUUGUGGCGCGUCGCUGCUGAUACUGACAAGUAUCCCAAGGGCAAAAUGGACCACUACUUUAUUGUGGGCGUUAGCGAGCGUGAGAAAUUAGUCAGAUGUAUUUUGUGCAAAGGCAGUCAUUAUCCAGCGACAACUCCUAGGCCCAAUGUGGUCGAGGUUGACUUGAAAGUGCCGCUGUGCGAUAUGGACUCGGAAAAAACUCGCAAAGAGGCGGCUGUUUGGCAAAUCGGUAGGAAUCCGAGUGAUGAAGCAACGGCCUUGUUUACGCUCAUCGGUUUUGUUUGCACGGCAAAUGCUGAGUUUCGUGUUGUUGAUUUAUGUCAAAAUAUCGCUGAUUUGGAUAUUAUUGAAUUGGCAAUAAAGUUUGCCAGUAAAACGGGUAAAAUGGCGUUAGCUAAUAAAUUACAGGGAAUUGCGGAGGAAAAAAAUAGAAAAAAAAUGGCUGCGGAAGCUGGGAAAAUUGUUGAUGAGGAGGAAGAUAUUUUUGCGGGUAUGGAUGACAUAGGAGGAAAAGACACACAAGAUGACAUCAUUCUUACACCGAUAGCUAAACCUACGCAGGAAAUAGAAAUCAGGCCGCUGACAUUGAGUUUAAAGAAACGCAAUCCGUUUUUGAAAAAAACAAACUCUCCGGGUGUUAAAGGGUUGGAUGGAUUAAAUAGUCUGCCGGAAAAAAUUUCCAAGACACCUGUUACUGUAAAAACUACGACUGGAAGAAAGGGAUUGGGUAAAAAAGAGGCCAAUGGCGAAAAGAAGGAAACUUUUGUCAAGUGGUUUGAAAAAAAUAAACCAGACUUGCAAGCCGAGUUUCCUGAAUUGAGUCUCUCUGAUUUAACCAAAACUGCUCUGAAAAGGUACAAAGAGGAUUCUGAUGACUCACAAAAAUCCAAUGGUAGCGACAGUGAUAACAAAAAAAGAAAAUUGUCGAGUCCCGAUAGUGACAGUCAGUCUAAAAAGUCAACCGGUAGUUUGUCAUCUUUUUUACGUGAUAAAUAAUUUAAAAUUUUUUUAUCAACCACUAGAUUAAUUUUUUAAAACCACAAGACUGUACAAUAAAUAAAGUAAUUUUAUAAAAU